GGGGAAAAACACACACACUCACUCUCUGUCACACCUUCCUCACAUCCUCACACAGCCUCUGAGAGAGACAGAGCACAUCUUGACAUUGUGAGGAAGAUGCAUGUCCACAUCAGAAGAGCAUCCAGGACAGGAGAAUAGCCCCAAAAUCAAAGAGACAAAUACAUGCCAAGGACUACAAACUAACAGGGGAAAAAAGAGAGUGAGUGUGCCUAGAGGGAAGGACAAGCUUAUCUACAGAGAGGGCGAAACAGGAGAGGAAGAAGUAACAUCUUCUGUUGCCUUUUAAGGGAUCUGAAGAGCAGUUCUGCAUUUAGGAUUUUCUCAUCCUCUUUGCACACGACUUCUACUCUCUCUCUGUCUCUUGCUGCUGCUGCUGCUGUGAGGUUACAGUCUCUGUGGUACCAGAACAUAAGGGCUUCUUUACGGACCCGACACCAUGAGCGAGGCGAAGAAAGGUGAGCUAGCCAUCCGGGAUAAAGCCAUCCUGCACCAGCAGAGGCGUCUGAAGCAGGCCACCCAGUUCUCACACAAGGACUCGGCUGACCUCCUGCCCCUGGACGGGCUGAAGAGACUGGGCACGUCCAAAGACCUGCAACCUCACAGCAUCGUCCAGCGCCGCCUGAUGGAGGGAAACAUCACGCGGCUUCGCGGUGAGGCCAAAGACCUCAGCGGCAGAGUCCGCUCCCCGCUGGCCGACAACAAGGACGGAGCCGCGGAUGCCGAGGAGAGGAGCGAGAGCACAGCGGACGACUCCACGGAGGAGAGGGAGUCUCUGGAGGAGAGCGAGAGGAGCCUGCGGUCGGACGAGGAGGACGACAGCAGCGAGGCCGGAGCCAGGCAGACGGCUGAUAAGACCGAGGGCACGGAGAGCUCGACCCUCCUCACAGCUCUGCUCGUUCCAUGCAAGUGCUGCGAGACUGAAGUCAAGGCGUUCAUCAACACCGGCAGCCAACAUAACCACAUCUCCACCUCCUGCUGCCAGAGGCUGGGGUUGGUGCCCAGCCAGGACAGCUUGCCAUGUGGUGUGGAGGCCUCAGUGACGGGUCUGCAGCUGCAGCUGGGCCGACAGACAGUCCAGUGUUCAGCUUAUGUCAAAGAGGAUGAGACGUUCGAGCUGUGCCUGGGUCUUCAGACUCUGUUGGAACUCAAAUGCUGCCUGGACCUGAGCAGUCGGGUCCUGAAGCUGCAGGGCUGCGGCGAGGAGGUGCCCUUCCUCAACCCUUCGACUGACAGCCAGUGCCAACAUGACACCAACAAGAACCUGUGAGCACGACGCGACAGCGGCAACCAAAUUUUCCUCAAAUGUCGACCGGUUGCAGCAAACGAGGCGCAAUGCCGCCUGUGUCUGGACUGUCCGAUCACAGUGUCUCACACACUGCCAGAACAUGGCGGAGCAUUCGCCGCGGUUGUUCUUGAGUUUACAUCAUUGUGUUUGUAGAAAUAAGACAUUCACUAUGAUUAUCUCUUAUAUUAAAUUAGUCUUGUUCGCAGAGUGGAUGAACGCCAGUUAUGAGCCAAUCAGAUCUCUGUGAGUCUAAUCACUCUUGAUGAUUAUACUGUAUAGUCAAUCCAAUUUCUCAGCUGCUUUGUUACGCUGAUGGUCUGUUAAAGGGGAAAACAAUGACUUGAAAGUCAAGUUUUGUGGAUAUUUUUUUGUGAUUAGGCUGUAAACAAGUAAAUGUUUUUCUUAAUUCAAUAAAUUUAAAUGUUGUUAAAGGAAUAGUUUGAUAUUUUGGGGCACACACCGGUUAGUUUCCUACCAAGAGAAGCCCAAUCGUCCAUUUCCAUUUUUACUAUCUUUUCAGUAAUUCAUCGAUAACAUUUAGCUAUGCCUGCUAGUCAUGUAUUUCUUUAACCUUUUGACCCUGUUUUGCUGAUUUGAAGUCAUUUAAAAGUUUGUCAAUCAUGUUACCUAACAGAAAAUCAACUGUGAGCUAAUUAUUUCUAGAUAGCUAACCAUUUCUACAGUUUGCCCCGAGCAUCUGCUGACACAACAUUUUAGCUUGAAAGUGAGCAAACCGUUAAAAUGGUUAGCUACUUAUUCACACUUUGCUCAUUUCUUUUAGCUAGGCAACUGCUGGCUCAAACCUUUGGAUAACUAUUUCAGUAGCCUAUUAACUAUUUUUAGCGAACAGUAUCAACGGUAGGCUCAUAAUUUUUUUGGCUAACAUGGCCAACGGUUGGGUCAAUAAAUUUAGCUAGCACUUUGCACUGUGGGCUCCUAACUUCUAUUUCUAUACUUCAUCUGUUGGCUCAUUAAUUUAACCCCAAAGUUCAAGCAGUUAGCUAAAUAUACAACCAAUGUAUCCCCUAUUUUCAAAAAUAUAACAUUUUAACUGUUGGUCUGUUUGCUAACCUUUAGCUAACUAUUCCAUCUUUAGCUAACAAUAUCAACUGCUAUUGGAGCACUACUUUUAGCAAACAUUUCCAAAAUGUUUCCAUAACUUCUAUCUUAACAAUCCAACGGUUGGCUUCUUACUUUCAGCUAACUUUUUCAAAGAUUUAUCCAAUUCUUUUAGCUCAAUAUUUUAGCCAUAUGCUUGUUAGCUUUACUUAGCAACUGUAGCUGUAAGCGCCCUACUUUUAGCGAAGGAGUUUUACUCUUGGCUUUUCACUUCUCGCUGAAAGGUUAAAUCAUUGACCGCUUACAUUUUUUUACUCUUUGUUUUUACUUGGUUGGCUUGUUAGCUACUUUUCACAUUCACUUCCACAAUAUCCAGGUGAAAAACUGACUCAAAAUGUGGAUAAAUUCUCAGUUAUAUUUGCAAAGUAACUGCACUACCCUACAGUCAUACAACCUUUAGCAACUGCUGGAGUAAACAAAUAAGUGAUUAAGUGUUAAUUAGUGAGCUUUAGACAGCUGGGGAGGUAGGACCAUCCUUUAAGGCCUAUCAGACAAAACUCAAAACUAUUCCUUUAACAAUGGCUCAUCUGAAAGUGUCAGUGCUCAGGAUGCUUUUUCAGUGGGUUAAAAAUACAUUUUUAGGAUGUUUUUUGAAGUCUAGUAUAAUGAAGUCAAGGCCAGGCUACCUCUGUAAUAAACAAGAACGGGUUUUGAAGAAUUUUUUUAAAGAAAUUUAAGGAAAAUACCUAAGAAACUGAUGUUCUUAUGUUUAGCUUUGUAAAGCCCCUUUGCUCUCUCUUCCCCCCAUCAGAAGACUGAUUUGUUGAAGUUUUCCAGGAGUGCUAUUAAAGUCCGUCACGACAGCCUAGACUGCGCAUUUGAGUAGUUCCCUAUUUAUCCACUCUGAUUAAAAUAGACUUCAGGCCAGCCAGCGAAACAUAUUUCAGUCAGACUACAGAAAUAUCAGAACAUUCCAUCUGCAUGACUUUGUAAAGUUUUGCCUUUGUGUGAGUCUGCAUGUUUGUGUACUAGUCUGAUUGUGUCACGUUGAGAGUCUGAUGGGGCUGGACGUUUGUACGUUUAUAUGUGCUUGUAAGGAGUCAAGGCGGGAUUGUCUGCCUUGUUUUCGCUCUUAAUUCACAUCAGAAAAAAAAAAGUGGAAUAUCUUCCCCACCACACUGGUCCACCACCAAGCCCUGGGAAGAACAAGCUGCCAAAAGCCAACCCCAGCUGCCUUCCCUCUCUGCGUUUUUCAGGAGAUUUUCAUCAAUCGGCUGAGGCUACCCCCACUCUCUUCAAAUCAUCAUCUUUUUAAUUCAGAGGGCUCGUCUUCUUGGGUGCAUCUACCACCUUUUUAGGCUGAUGUUAUUAACUUUUUGAUGCCUCAAGUUUGUUGAUUUGAACGAUAUGAACUCCCCAUUUUAGUGCCACCUGCCUUUUUCUCGUCAUGGUGUUUUCAAAGCGUGGAGAAUCAGGAAGAUGUGCUCACCAGAAAGGCCAUUAUGCUCCGCUUUAACGACACCUGAGCCGCGACAUGCUUUCUGACCGUGCUACAGUAUACGUCUUACCUCUUUGAGACUUAAUCCACGCUAAGUUUUGGCAAUGUUUGUUUCUCUUCGGUGUACUUGUGACCUUCCUAAGCCGUAUGAGAGGAGUCGAUGUAUGACAGAAAUUUAUUUUUGGUGUUUCUCUUCUUCUGAACAGUAUUUUCUCUGCCUAAUAAAAUAUGUAUUCUGGCUAUA